AUGCCGGCCCCAAAAACAGAGCAAGGCCUCCCCCAGAUCGAUGUCUCCGUCGCGACCCAGCCGAAUGACAUGGACGCGAUAUCCACACUGCUCGAGGAGAUAACAAAAGAUUUCGGGGUCUUCACGGCGAGCAAUACAGGACGAGAAGACUUGCUAGUCAAGUGUCGCACUUUGACUGGUGCAAUGGCUGGCCUGAACUUCGGCGUGGAUUCGGGCUUGUGGCAUCUCAUGGCGCAAAACGGUGACAAGCCCCAAAAGGUGGGCGACUUGGCAGAGAAGCUGGGGAUCGACCAUGUGCUUCUGAGCCGGCUGAUGCGACAUCUUGGUGCCGUGGGCUAUCUCAUCGAAAUUGGGCCGGACGAGUACAGAUUGACCAACUUCACGAAGGCAAUGAGCAUUCCCGCGAUCGGAAAUAGCUAUCUCGCCAUGCUCUCCUGCACAAGCGCCGGUCCUAUGAGAUUCCACGAAUUCUCCAGAAAACGAGGUUGGGUGAACCCCACCGACGCAAAGGAUACCGCCAUGAUGUAUGCCUACGGAACAGACAUGGAUACUUUCACAUGGCAACAAUCGCUAGGCUAUGGUUCACACUUCAAUGACCACAUGAGUGGUUACGCUAUGGGCUUUGUACCUUGGAUGGCUCCCAGCUUCUACCCAGUGCAAGAGAGGUUGGUCAAAGGCGCUGACACAGAUCCUGAGGCUCCAUUUCUCGUCGACAUUGGCGGAAAUGUGGGCCAUGACUUGGAAAUGUUUCGCCAAUUUCAUCCCGAUGCUCCCGGGAAGCUAAUUCUCCAAGAUCUGCCCGUGGUCAUAGGCCAAAUCCAGGAUCUAGAAUCGUCGAUUCUCCGCAUGGAGUACGACUUUCACACGAAACAACCCAUCAUUGGCGCCCGAGCUUACUAUUUACACAAUUGUCUGCAUAACUGGCCAGAUGGAGUAUGUGAAAGCAUUCUUGCGCAAGUCAAGGCUGCCAUGAAGCAUGGAUAUAGCAGGCUAUUGAUCCAUGAGCAUGUGAUACCAGAGACAGCUGCCUACUGGGAAGCCACAGCGCUCGACAUGGUCAUGCUGACCCUUAUGUCUGCCCAAGAGCGUACAUCUACAGCUUGGAGUCAGCUCAUCGAGACAAGGGUUGGUCUCAGGAUCAACAAGAUUUGGACUGGUGGAAAAGGCUCCCAGAGUUUGAUUGAGUGUGAACUGCCAUUGGAAUGUACAAAUUGA